GGCUGUCUAGUUAACUGAGGGCUCUCCUGCUGUUGGGAAAGAAACCAGAGUCGACAGAACUAGUUUACCAAAUUGUCUUCAAAGGUAAACCGAAAAUAAGGUGUUCACACCACUCAAAAUGAAAGGAACUGAAUUUCAUCUUCCCCUGACCGAGUAUGACUUCGAGCGGCACUUUGAUGAGAGGGUUGCCAUUGAAUGGAUGCAAGACAACUGGAAAAAGUCAUUUUUAUUUGGUGGUGUGUAUGUAGUGCUUGUGUUUGGGGGGCAGCACUUUAUGAAGGAGAGACCAAGACUUAAUCUACGGAGACUUUUGGUGCUGUGGUCUCUCAGUUUAGCCAUCUUUAGUAUCGUUGGAGCUGUGAGAACCGGGUGCUACAUGUUACACGUUCUCAGCACCAGUGGUUUUAAACAGUCUGUUUGCGAUCAGAGCUUCUACAAUGGACCAGUUAGCAAGUUCUGGGCUUGUGCCUUUGUGCUGAGCAAAGCCCCAGAGUUAGGGGACACCAUAUUCAUUGUCCUGCGCAAACAGCGGCUAAUCUUCCUGCACUGGUAUCAUCACAUCACUGUGCUGGUGUACUCCUGGUAUUCCUACAAAGACCAAGUCGCUGGUGGCGGCUGGUUCAUGACCAUGAAUUACACUGUGCACGCACUCAUGUACAGCUACUACGCUGCUCGAGCCGCAGGACUCCGUGUGCCGAAACCCUGUGCCAUCAUUAUCACUUCCUCCCAGAUAGCCCAGAUGGCCAUGGGGCUGGCAGUAAGUGCGCUGGUGUACCGGUGGAUGCAGGAUGGGGAUUGCCCUUCUUAUGUCGAUAACAUAGUGUGGGCUUCACUGAUGUAUCUUAGCUAUCUGCUGCUCUUCUCUUCUUUCUUUUAUCAGUCUUACGUGAAGGGUUCAAAGCCCACGGGCAUCAAAACUGACUGAGAUACAGACUGGAGGAUUAUAAUAUUAUGUGUUAUUUACCUUUGUCAGUGUUUUACAUAAUUGCUCUUAGAGUCUGGCUAUAUUAUGGUGUUUCAGGACGUUUUUUAGUCUUCUUGUAUUUGUUGAAAUUGUCAAAUGCAACCAUUCAUUUUGUGGUUCUGAAAAGGAAAAUGAUUUGACAAACUUUGGAGGGCUAUUUUAAUCCUUCACUCAGUCUAACAGGCCAAGAUGUCUAAUCUUCAUAAGUCCAUGUUUAUUUACUCUUAUAGCAGACUGAUGACAUACCCUGAACUCCUCUCAGAUAUAUGGUGUAUUUUGUAGUGUGCCAAGAUCCCUGUAAUGUUUGUUUGUCUGUGUACUUGUACACCUUUCAUUGGGCCACACCACGUAGAACCAAAAUCAAAGUCAUCCAUUCAGUAGAUGUACUUCUGUUCAUGCGGGGCAUGUAGGUGUAGUGCUUGUGUUCUAAAUGCGUUUCAACCUCAUGAUGUCGCAGAAACUUGAAUUAUCUGUGCUGACUGGUUGGACUUGUUCCUAUAAAUUGGUGGACAGUGUCUAAGCUGGAAUUUUCUAGAUGUUCCAGAAUGAUGACGCCCUUUUCCCCCCUCAUUCUGUGCAUACUUCUGUCACUGCAGCUUUAAGUUGCAGUAAUUCCUGUUUGUGGUUUGAUUGAAUCUGGCUUUCACUUGCCCUGGAGUAACACAUGGGCAGAGUUGGUAUGAAAUUGUUCCUAUAGUUCUGAGAUUUACUGGUUUUGCGACUACUGAUAUGGUGACAUCAGAAUUUAUGCUUGACAGGGAAGUUAUCCUUUAGCCAUCCAUAUAUUGUUGGUUGUUUCUUGGAGUCAUUAGUAAAAUGUACAGCUGUAUCUAUUUACCUUAUCACAUUUGGUUAAGGAGGUGUUUCGUUUUAUUAUUAUUUUUUUUAACCAAAAAUGUUAAGGUUUACUAGUUAAGAUUCCCACUUAAAUGGAUAUAUUUCUAAAUAUUGUAUUCUGUAAUAGUAGACUGAUUUAUAAGAAUGAUCAGACAGUAUCUGAAAUGUUGCUGCUACAACUUCUCAUCUCCCAUGUCUGUAGAAUCACCAUUUAUUUCAAGUCUGAGUUUUUGUCUGUUUUUGUUUCAAGGACAUUUUGACCAUUUAAAGAUAUUUUAUGUCUCAUUUAAUAUGGCAGCCAUAGAACAAUUUUUUUUUUUUUUUACAUUGUGUUAGAAACAGCCAAAUUGAAUGUGUGCCACUAGUCUUCACCACCAACCUUGGACUUUAUGGCUUCUAUUUAUCUUUUUAAAGGAGGCCAAAUGUGUAAAAUUUUAUCUUUUCCUAGCUGAUCCUGUGUGCAGGUUAUUAGCUAAUAUAAAGGGCUGUGAAGUGUAUCCCAUGAUUAAUCAUGAUUUUAUUUGUUUUAUUUGUAAUUUAUUUAUUAUUGUAAAAAUAAAGUUUUUU